AUGACUAACAAUGCAUUCAAAUUGGAAAUGUUACCCAAUGAAUUAUUACUUGAAAUUUUUGGUUAUUUCGAACUUCGCGAUUUAUAUUACGGUUUUUCGGAUCUCAAUAUCCGAUUCAAUAAAUUGCUUCGAUCAUUGAAAAACUUUUCUAUUAUUUUUGAGCACAAUGAUCAAUUAACAAUAUCAUUAUUUGCUCGUCAAAUUAUUCGAGUAGUAGUUAUGCCUUGGACUGAUAUUGAUCUCAAGCGAUUUCCAAAUUUAUGUUCGUUGACGCUAAAGCAAGCGACCGAUGCUCAAAUAAGACAGAUUCGAUAUGAAUAUCUAUCUAAUCUUAAAUAUCUUACGAUUGCAUCAAAAUUUAUUUCUUCAUUAUUGAUUCAACUUGUUAAUGAUAUUUUUUCUAACAAAUUUCCUUCACUUCAUCAUGUUUGUUUUCGUCGCUUCAUUGAACCGUCCAUUUGUUUUUGGUCUCUUGUACCAAAUCUCAGAAGUGUAUGCAUUAUUUAUUGUGAAAUAGCCAUUAUUUCACUCAUUCUUGCAUCAUGUCCUCAUUUGUUAUAUCUGCAAAUAGAACUAUUGCCGAAUAAUGGUUCUAUACAUUUUUCUGCAGCUUCUCUUGAUAAUCAUCCACUUAAAACAUUGAUUUUGCUCGACUCUUACGCGACGCCUAUAUCUGCUCAUAUAGAUCAACUUCUUUCUUAUAUGCCAAACAUUGAACAGUUAGAUUUCGAAUUCGACUGUAGAAUACCAUUAGUUAAUUUAAUGUCUAAUAUUGCAAAUCGUUUGACUCGUCUUCGUCAAUUUUAUUGUCAAAUUACUGUAUCAUCAAUCGAUGGUCUCGAUAGAAUUCGUCAAAUUCAUCCAUGUUUCAAUAGUAUCCAAUGGAAACAAGAUGUCAACAACUCUUUAAUAAUCAAAUUGUGA